AUGCUUGUCAAGGAAUCUCACGUCGACCUUCAGACUUCCUCAGGACCCAUGAGGGUGUUUAUCUACCAGCCCAACGUCCCUGAUUACCCUGAUGCAAAAUUCCCUGGUGUCGCCGUCUUCACUGAGAUCUACCAGGUGACGGGACCCUUGGACCGCUUCUGCAGACAGAUCGCCAGUCAGGGAUAUGUGGUUGCUUGUAACGAGUCCUUCCACGAAUUUGAGCCCCUAGGAUCGCCACUUGCCUAUGAUGUCCCUGGAACAGAUAAGGGCAACUUGUACAAGAUUGAGAAGGAGCUGGCUGCAUAUGAUGAGGAUGCGACACUGGUGAUUGACCACUUGGUCGGCCGUCCUGACUGCACUGGCAAGAUCGGCGCCACUGGCAUGUGUCUCGGUGGACACUUGGCCUUCCGCGCGGCGUUUGACCCACGCGUGUUGGCGACUGUAUGCUAUUUCGCCACAGAUAUCCACUCUGAGACACUUGGAAAGGGAAAGAACUCAAACUCGUUGAAGAGGAUCCCUGAGAUCCAGGGCGAGGUCGUGAUGAUCUUUGGCAAGCAGGAUAACCAUGUACCUCGGGCUGGACGGGAUUUGAUCAGAAAGACUCUAGAAGAUGCAGAUGUCACGACUACCUUCUUGGAGGUGCAGGCUCAACACGCUUUCAUCCGUGAUGAACUGAGCAAAGGAAGAUAUGACGCCGCAAUCUCUAAGGUGUGCUUCGAGCUGCUUCUGGAACUUUUCCACCGCAACCUUCACCUGGACUUGGGUCCUCGCAAGGGCCCUAAGCGCGACACCAAGGACCUCCCUCUCAUUUGCUAG